UUUAUUUUCUGGCCGUAACCAACCUAGUGGUCCAGCGAUUCCUUCAGCAGGAACCACAGCGAGCUUUGCCAUACAAUCUCAGACAUCAGUGCCAGACCAGAGACAACGCAUAUGUGCCUGUUUUUUAAUUAUAUGUGGUGUUCUAUUUGCCGUCCCCACUGGAGUGCUGGUCACAUCAGGGAUAUCUGGUGGAAGUAUAGCCACAGGUGUUCUGAUGGGGCUGUUUCUGCUCUCUGGGAUUAUUCUGUGUAAGGUUUGGCAGCGUAGGACACAGGGCGCUGUGCUACAGACUGUUACGGCAGCAUACGACCCUGAGGGACAGCCACAGUUUACUGCUGGAGCACAGCCUGGGACAACAGUGUAUUUCAACACACCUCAUGGGACCACCCUCACAUACCAGUCAGAUGGUGCUAAUCUCAGUGGAACUGCAACUUCUUCUAACCAAGACUCGAAUGCAGGGGCACCCCCAAGUUACUGGGACAUUACUCAACAAGAUUUACAAAAUGGGGUCCAGCAAAAUGCUCAGUCUGGUUCUUCGGUUUAUAAUGGCCCAAAUCCUGAACAUCAGUAUAAUCCAGCGCAACCGUCACCAGGGGAACUGUCUCCAGGGCAACCAUCUCAAUAUGCAGCUCAUUCUCAAGAUACCUCACAAACUGAACAAAUCAAUUCACAGCCACAGGCUGAUGAAUACCCUCCCCAGUAUGUACCACCUACAGGUGAGGGACAGCCUACAGAAGCUCCACCCAUAUUUGAAGGGCCACCCCCUGAAGCUCCGCCCCCUACAACUGAUGGACAGGAGCAUCUGCCUGCCCCACCUACAUAUGAAGAAGCACAGGCAUUGUGA